AAAUUUUUUGCAUCUUUGAUUUUAAAACGUGGAAACACGGUGGACCUGCAAGUAGUUCACUGCGGGGUUUAUUUUGUUUCCAGGUUCCAUGGUCCCAGUUCCCCACCCAGUCUGGGUUACUCAGCAGCCCUCUCUUUGCAUUACAAUGGCCUUGGUGAGGCUGGCAGACGGGAUUAACUGGGAAUUCGCAAGGGUGUGUGUGGGCGUGGGGCUGCCAGGAGGGGCGGGCUUAAGUAUGGUCGAUCCUUCCUUAUAAAUCUAGAGCCUCCAAAAUUUUUCUCAUUUUGCUAGAUUGGGGUGGUUAGCUCUUGUUCUCCUAAGGGUGACUCACUUCAUCCCAUUUUUUGAUACUUUUAACACCUGGAGGAGAUCUUCAUGAUUCUAAGCUCUUCUAUCUAGACACUUAAGCCUGGACUUUUCCUACAAUCCAGCUCUUUGGUUGUUUUUUUCUUUUUUUCCCCCUCUUCAACUCAACAUGAGUGUGGAUCCAGCUUGUCCCCAAAGCCUGCUUUGCCCCGAAGCAUCCAUUUCCAGGGAAUCUUCACCAAUGCCUGAGGUUUAUGGGCCUGAAGAAAAUUAUGCCUCCUUGCAGAUGUCAUCUGCUGAGACCCUCGACACCGAGACUGUCUCUCCUCUUCCUUCCUCCAUGGAUCUGCUUAUUCAGGACAGCCCUGAUUCUUCCACAAGCCCCAGAGUAAAACCACUGCCCACAUCUGCAGAGAAGAGCACAGAGAAGGAGGAAAAGGUCCCAGUCAAGAAGCAGAAGAUCAGAACUGUGUUCUCGCAGACCCAGCUCUGUGUCCUCAACGACAGAUUUCAGAGGCAGAAGUACCUCAGCCUCCAGCAGAUGCAAGAACUUUCCAACAUCCUGAACCUUAGCUACAAACAGGUUAAAACCUGGUUCCAGAACCAGCGAAUGAAAUGUAAGAGGUGGCAGAAAAACCACUGGCCAAGGAAUAGCAACAGUGUGAUUCAGGGCUCAGCCAGUACAGAAUACCCGGGCUUCUAUUCCUAUCACCAAGGAUGCCUGGUGAACGCUUCUGGAAACCUGCCCGUGUGGGGCAACCAGAGCUGGAAUAACCCAUCAUGGAGCAACCAGACCUGGAACAGCCAGUCUUGGAGCAACCAAACCUGGAACAGCCAGACCUGGUGCCCCCAAGCCUGGAAUAACCAGACUUGGAAUAGCCAGCUCAACAACUAUGUUGAGGAAUUCCUGCAGCCCCAGCUCCAGUUUCAGCAAAAUUCUCCUAUCAGUGAUUUGGAGGCCGUCUUGGAAACUGCUGGGGAAAAUCAUAAUGUAAUACAGCAGACUUCGAAGUACUGCGGUACCCAGCAGCAAAUCAUGGAUUUAUUCCCAAAUUACCCCAUGAACAUACAGCCUGAAGAUAUGUGACGAUCAUUUUAUUUUUUAAAAAAAUUUUAUUGGAGUAUAGUUGAUUUACAA